CCAAAUCUCUCUCCUGCCGCUCUCCCCCCACCUCCGCCGCCGCUCCCGCUCCCGCUCGGAACCGCGUCUAGAAGCUUCUGGAUCCUUCCCCCGGAGUGGAUGGAGCGGAAGUUCUACGAGAAGUACACCGCCCUCAAGAAGCGGAAGCUGCUCGACGAGGGGUUGGAGCGGAAGAGGGAGGAGCAGCUCAAGGAGCUUUACGAUGCCAUGAAGGAUUGGGUCGGCGGCCUCGAAAAGGAUAAAGAGGAGCUCAGUGAGAAGCUGGCAGACAAGGAGGAUGAGCUUGAGAAGGCCCGUGAGGAGUUCCUUGAAGAUCUUAGGGCAAAGGACAGUGAAAUUCUGAGGCUUAAGAAGCUCUUGGAUGAGCAGAUUGAAAAAAACAAUUCUACUGCUACCAGGUCUGUGGACCAAACACCUGAAGCUAUCCAAGCAAAUCCAACUCAAAUGUCGCCUAAAAGGAAGACACCACAGUCAAACUGCAACACAAAGAGGGUACAGCUGAGUGAAAAUGCUUCCAUUCCUCACAGCAGCCUCGAGGAUGAAUCUCAAGAGCUAGAAUGCUCUAGAAGAUACACAUGCAUCUCGGGGAACGAGACAAACGAAUGUCCCAGCGCUCAUAUGUUUCAUUUGCUGCUUCAAUCUUUAGUUCGCAUGAAGGUCACAGUAGAUGAUGGGACAGAAAGAUUUUCAGUUUCAGUCUGCCAUGAAGCUAGCGGUUACAGUUUCAACCUCACAUGGUUAGAGAAACCCGGUGAAUGGUCAUAUAAGCUCUCUUCAUUGGGCACCCUGGAAAGGAUAGCCGUCAAUUGGAUGAAGCAAGACAUAAGGUUCAGUAUGAACAUGUGCCGUGUGUUCUUUGAGCGGAUAUCAAACAUCAUCACGAGAGGGUGACAGCAUGCUCUUGAAACUGGAAGCCUCUGGAUGUAAAAAAUGACCUCUGGAUGUAAAAAAAGUGAUUGAUCGCUAUCUCAUGUGAGAACUGCUGUUUUGCUGCCUGUAUCCUUGCAUUGAGCUUAGUAAUGGUUCGUGGGUGAUAGUUGUUGCCAUGGUGUCUUAUGUGACCUUCACUUCUUCGGUUCAAGUUGUUACACUUGAUGCACAAACUUGGCAGGAACCUGUGUUGUAUUGUAUGAGUUUUCACUUUGGUGUCUCCAUAUGUAUAGCUAUUCAUUUUUUACCUGGAACAGACACAUAGAUAUUGCUGUUGUGGUUGUGGUCAAUUUGAACA